CCGACAACGCUGCAUUCGAUGGACUUGUGUUCGUUUGCCAGUUGAGAACAGAACUUUAGUCCGUGAAAGACUAACAUGGCGACAGCAAAGGCUACGGCAAAGUUUUUCACUCACGGUACUUGCGAGCAGUACGAACAAGUUUUGAAACUGUACCCCCAGGCGAUCAGAUUGAAAGCCGAUAACAAGGCGAAAAAGCCGGAAGAACUCAUCAAAUUGGAUAAUUGGUAUCAAAAUGAGCUGCCAAAAAAAAUUAAGUCUCGAGGGAAGGAUGCACACAUGAUUCAUGAGGAAUUGGUUCAGACAAUGAAAUGGAAACAAAUACGAGGCAAAUUUUAUCCCCAGCUUAGUUACUUAGUCAAAGUGAACACUCCCAGGAUGGUCAUACAGGAAACGAAAAAAGCCUUUAGGAAAUUACCAAAUUUGGAGCAGGCUAUUACCGCUUUAGGGAAUUUGAAGGGAGUUGGAACGACGAUGGCGAGCGCGCUGCUGGCUGCCGCAUGUCCAGAUUCCGCCCCGUUUAUGGCCGACGAAUGUUUGAUGGCCAUUCCGGACAUUGAGGGCAUCGAUUACACCACCAAAGAGUACCUGAAGUUCGCGCAGCACAUUGAUUCAGUGUCGGAACGACUCAACACAGACGCCGAAAGGCUGGGCAGCUCUACUAGAUGGUCACCGCAUAAAGUGGAGUUGGCCAUAUGGACUCACUACGUUGUAUCGGACUUGAAACCUGAGCUCUUAGAUGAUGUUAAAAUUGAAAAUGGAACUAGCAUCCCUCCAGCUCUAGUCGCGUUACAUCAGAACGGUGAUUCCUUGGAUGCAGAUGCCACUAUUACCUCAGACGAAAGUAAUUCAGCUAGUGGUGUACCACCAUUAAAUGGUAAAACUUCGGACGCCUCCACAGUGCCCGCAGCAGCAUUAGAUGAAGAUACGCGAGACACUACAGCGUCGUUUGCAGACACAGAUGGUAGUCCUAUUGUUUCCGUUGAAGACGAUUUAUGCGAAAACAGUGCAUCCGCAUCAAGUGUCAGCGAGUCUACGAAAGACUCAAUGCAGGAUGAUGAUUCCAACAGCAUUGGCUUUGUAGCAAAACGGCCGUUGGAUAGUGCUAUUGAUGGACCGCCUUCUGCGAAGAAAGCUCGAGAGGAAGCCAAGUGACGGUACACCCCCAGAACGACUCCUCUUUUUUAUGCGACUACUAAAUGAAAGUAGAACUUAACCAUGUUUUUAUCAAUAAUUAUAUAAUAUUGUUGUAAUGAUACGAUGUUAUAUAUUUAUUGUUGCGAUGUUAAACACUAUAACAUACUGCAAUGACACGAUGUUAUAUAUUUAUUGAUGAAAAUUAAACAAAACGUGUACAGAACAGCAGUGAUCGGGAGUUCGCGUUCUUCUUUUAGCCCGUGCUUAAUGCACAGUGAUCAAACAGUUAACUAGUUCCAAUGUCCUACUUUUAAGUUUUCAAAAUCCCGGUACAAAUACACUGUAUAAUUAACAUUUUACGUUGACACUAUAUAAUGUAUAUUGGAUGAGCUGAGAGGGGAACGAUAAAAAUGAACUUAUUUCUUAGUAAUAUGGCUUAGACAGAGACAGAAAGUGUUACCUUUUUGAAAUAGCAACAAUUUUGAUAGUCCAUUAUAUCUGUUGCUGAUAUGUAUCUGUAAGGUUAAAUUAUUUUGCAUAUAAUAUAUUAUUCUUAAAAAUCUUCAAAUUAUUGAAACCUGCGUUGUUUAAAAUUAGUUCGUACGUUCAUUCCUACUUGGAUUUUUGUAUUUUAUUUUUUAACUAAUAAAGAGUAUUAAAACACA